AUGUCACUUCUCGAUCUGCCCAACGAACUUAUCUCCCGCAUCAUCUCGUUUCUGGACUCGCCCAGCCCCUUUGACGAGACGGUUCUUCACAAACCCAUCUCAUGGCGGAACCUCAAACAGCCAUGGCAGGUUGACGACCCGGAUCACAUGCCCGACGGGACACCGUUCUGGCGCGACCCAUUGAAGCAGCUUUCUCUGACCUGCCACCUUGUCCGCUCGCUGACCAUGCCCCUGCUGUUCAAACACGCGGUGUUGCAUCCCCACCGUCUCACGGAAUUCCUCGCCUUCUUGAGGGAUCAAACCCUCACCCACCACGUAUCCAGCAUCGUGGCCGAUGUGCCAGGUAUAUACAACCAUCUCCACCCGGCAUGGUGGGCACGCUUGCUCAACGAGGUACCUGUGACUCGCUUCAGUAUUUUUGCUCCCCCAGAGGUCCUGGCCGAAAUGGCCGGUAUAAGCGCCGACAGCGCCGAUGCUUGGGCUUUCGACAUGGCCACUCAGAUUCUCAGGUUUGACCAAACCGCCGAAGAUGCGCGAGCCCAGAUCGACUACGACAACCUUCCGAAUUUCCUCGUUGCCCGGCCCUGGACGAACAUGACCUUCAAUGAAGGCUCCAGUCUGCUGGCAUAUACCACCUAUGAAUUCUUUCUGAGACGGACACCUUCACUGCUGACCGCCCUGCAAUCCAACCACUCGGCUGCCGGAGAGACGUUGUUUGCCAACUUGCUCAGCUUCGAAUUCAUCGCCAUCUUCCCCUUCUAUAACCACAUAGACGAAAUCCUGAAAUGUGUCCGUCGAAUGAAGAGACUGAAAAGGUUAUUCAUCAAACUGUGUCCUGAGCCCGACAGCACAGUCCUGCACGAUGAGAUUGAGCAGGCCGGGGGACAUCUGGACGUCAACGAUCCAUGGAAUGAAUGUGAGACGUCUUGGAUGCUGAUUGCUCACACCGUGGUGUUCCUGACCAUGGAGGGAGCACUGGAAGAGCUCCACAUGGACGACGUCAAAGUUGACGGGGUUAGAAGCACUUUGGAAAACAGCCUGGUCGCCCGGUUGCAAGAAUGGUGGGCGUACCAUGGGGACGGGUCCGGCGUGUGGCGUCGCAAGAGCCUGGGUCUGGUGGCCUCAGCCCCCGUAGCCGGUCAGUAA